AUGGAGAGGCAAGAGAAGGAGGAACAUGGGAAAUACAAUUUUUCUAAUCAAUUUCUGAUCUAUCUAUCUAUCUAUCUAUCUAUCUAUCUAUCUAUCUAUCUAUCUCAGUGUAUUCAUAUCUAUCUAUCCAUCUAUUUCCUCUAUUCAUAUCUAUCUACGUUUACUCAUAUAUACCUAUCUACCUCUGUUUACUCUUAUCUAUCUAUCUAUCUAUCUAUCUAUCUAUCUAUCUAUCUAUCUAUCUAUCUAUCGAUCUUUGUUAUUAUAUCUACCCAUCUAUCUCAAUUUAAUCAUAUCUAUAUAUCUACCUAUCUCAAUCUACUCAUAUCUAUCUAUUUACGUUUACUCAUAUCUAUCUAUCUAUCUAUCUAUCUAUCUAUCUAUCUAUCUAUCUAUCUAUCUAUCUAUCUCACUGAAUCUACUCGUAUCUAUCUAUGUAUCUAUCUAGCUGAAUCUACUCAUAUCUAUCUAUCUAUCUAUCUAUCUAUCUAUCUAUCUAUUAUUUGUGCAGAACAUUCUGGCACUUUAGUUUUUCCUUCUCUCUCUCUCUCUCUCUCUCUCUCUCUCUGA